GCACCUCGAAUAUAAACCCUCGACCGGCUAAAGACUCGUGAAAAGUUGUUUUAUUUGACUGAAACUGCACUGUAAACGUUAUUUUCGGAUGCUAUUCUGUCUUUGUACUUUUUAUUUGUGAAUUGAAACAACUUGAGGAUGUCUAUGUCAGCUGUUUUCGUUCUUGACAUCAAAGGAAAGGUGAUAAUCUCACGGAAUUAUCGAGGGGAUAUCGAGACGUCUUCGAUCGAAAAGUUCAUGCCUCUUGUAUUGGAGAAGGAAGAAGAAGGAACACAGACACCUAUCUGUGUGCAUCAGGAUGUUACGUUCGUGUACAUCAAGUACAAUAAUCUAUAUCUCGUAUCAAUGACAAAGAAGAAUGCCAAUGUGGCUUUAUUAUUUGUCUUCCUUCACAAGAUGGUGCAGGUGUUUACAGAGUAUUUCAAAGAACUUGAAGAGGAGAGCAUCAGAGACAAUUUUGUGAUCAUUUAUGAACUGCUGGAUGAGUUAGUAGACUUUGGCUAUCCACAGUUUACUGAAACAAAGAUCUUACAGGAGUAUAUCACUCAAGAAGGUCACAAAUUAGAUGUUGGUGCACCCAAGCCCCCUGUUGCAUUGACCAAUGCUGUCUCCUGGAGAGGAGAAGGAGUCAAAUAUCGCAAAAAUGAGGUUUUCCUGGAUGUAAUUGAAUCAGUGAAUUUGCUGGUUAGUGCAAAUGCCAAUGUGCUUCAGAGUGAAAUUGUCGGUUCCGUGAAGAUGAGGUGUUACUUAACUGGCAUGCCUGAACUACGACUGGGAUUAAAUGACAAAAUUUUGUUUGAAAGCACUGGAAGAAGCAAAAGCAAAGCUGUGGAACUGGAGGACGUUAAGUUUCACCAGUGUGUCCGUCUGUCCAGAUUUGAGAAUGACCGCACAAUUUCAUUCAUUCCCCCUGAUGGUGAAUUUGAACUGAUGUCCUACAGGCUCAACACUCAUGUGAAACCUUUAAUCUGGAUUGAGUCGGUGAUCGAACGCCAUUCUCACAGCCGAGUAGAAUACAUGAUCAAGGCUAAGAGCCAAUUCAAGAGACGUUCAACUGCAAACAAUGUUGAAAUUCACAUUCCUGUCCCACCGGAUGCGGACUCUCCUAAAUUUAAAACAACUGUAGGAACUGUGAAGUACACUCCUGAGGAUAAUGAGAUCGUGUGGAAUAUGAAAUCCUUCCCGGGAGGAAAAGAAUUCUUGUUGAGAGCUCACUUUAGGUUACCAAGCGUGGACUCAGAGGUUGACCAAGGCAGACCACCGAUUAAAGUCAAGUUUGAAAUUCCGUACUUCACAGUAUCUGGCAUUCAGGUCCGUUAUCUAAAGAUUAUAGAAAAGAGCGGUUACCAAGCCCUUCCUUGGGUUCGUUACAUUACACAAAAUGGAGAUUACCAGUUGAGAACGACAUAAACGAGAAAGACGUCCUUCUCUAAAUACCUCUUUUAAUGUAGUUAAAUUUACACGUAAAAAGCUGUCGAUUAAGAAUUAAAAAAAAAAAAAAAAGGCAUGCCAUUGAUCGGUGAAGAUUCUACUUGCUCUCUCGCAUCAUGUAGCAGAAAUGCUUGAUACUCGAGCUUUCUGUUAGUAGUUUUGGUGCAGUGCUGUCAAAUUGUUUCGACGGACUAGGAAGUGAGAGUUUUUUUGUUCUAUCGGCGAAUCAGAAUAAGAAACAGUCAAAGUGCUGUUAUGAAUUAAAAUUGUCUAGAAAUCGUACUUCUUCCCCGUCUUUAUAAUUAAAGCUAAUUCUGUCGUGUUGGCACGCCUUGAAGUUUCCUCUGUCGUCGCUCGUAAUCCGUCCCAAUCUUAACCAUCGUUGUCCUUUUUUGUUUGUUUAUUCGAGGUUACCUUUUUUUACAAGAAAAAUUUGACUUCUUACAUGUACCUCUUAACAAAAAGGUUUAUGGAGUUAAUUCGACGAAUUUUAUGCUCCCAAAAUUAGCCUAAUACUCUCAAGAUGAUGAUUUCCGUUUAUAAAAUACAAGUAGAAAUAGGUUGAAACUGGUCACUUACAAAAACAGGCAGUUACAUGAUGUAAACCAAUAGUUCUAUACGUGUAGUAGUGGAACCCAAUAAAGCUUUGUUUUUCUUA